GUGAGUGAGUGAGUGAGCGAGUGGGAGGGAGGGCGGCAGUCAGAAGCAAGCAAACUAAUUCUCAGACAGUCGUGCCAGAGCAGGAGCUGCAGUUCACCUCACUGACGCUGUUGGUUCAAAAGCCAUUUUAAGUGUUAUUCGACCAUUAAUUUAUUCCCAAGUAACAAGUAGGACGAUACUUUCCAUUUUGGACGGGGGGCUUCAAACACGCGCACCCGCACUUCUUCCGAGCCGCGACAACUCAAGGUGAAUGCCGUCAUGCCAUUUGGGUGCCUUGCCCUGCGAGAUGGGCGAACGUAUGACACGAUAUCUGAUGUCACAGACAAGUAUGAGUUUGGACAAGUCCUGCGAGCGAAGGAGUUCUGCGAGCUGUGCCUGGCAAAGGACAGACAAACAGACAAGGUGUUUGUCUGCAAGAAAUUCCUCAAGAAAGAUGGCAGGAAAGUCCGCAAGGCUGCCAAGAACGAAAUCAUGAUUCUGAAACUGGUAAGCCAUCCAAACAUCCUUCAGCUCAUAGAUACAUUUGAGACUCGGAAGGAAUACUUCAUCGUCCAGGAGCUCGCCACAGGAGGAGAUGUUUUUGACUGGAUUCUGGACCAAGGGAACUACACAGAGAGAGAUGCUUCCAAUGUCAUCAGACAAGUCCUCGAGGCUGUGGCAUACUUACACUCCCUUAACAUAGUUCACAGGAACCUGAAGCUGGAAAACCUGAUGUACUACACAGAAAACAACCAUAAUAAAGUAGUUUUGCGAGAUUUCUACCUGUCCAGAUUUGAGAACGGACCAAUCACGGAGCCAUGUGGAACACCGGAAUAUCUGGCUCCUGAAGUGGUGGCUCGUCACCGAUAUGGCCGUCCUGUGGACUGCUGGGCUGUGGGUGUCAUCAUGUACAUACUCUUAUCGGGUAACCCUCCUUUUUACGAUGAAACAGAGGAAGAAAACACAGAUCUGCAUAAUCGCAUCAUUUUCUGCCGGAUUGUUGCUGGGGAUUUUGAGUUUGAUUCUCCGUACUGGGAUGACAUUUCACCUGCAGCUAAGGAGCUUGUCUGUCGCCUGAUGGAAGUGGACCAGAUGCUGAGAAUCACAGCACAAGAUGCGCUUUACCAUGAGUGGAUUGCAGGGAACGGUGCAUCAGAAAAGAACCUGAAGGAUGGCGUGUGUGCCCAGUUUGAAAAGAACUUUGCAAAGGCCAAAUGGCGGGAAUUAAAGAAAGCGAUCCGUGUCACCACAUUCAUGCAACGCCUGAAGAAUUCAGAAGCAUUGAUUGAUAGCUCUGCUGAGGUUCAGGGUAGUGAGGAGGCAGGGGAUGGUGAAGGGGGUGCGUCGCAGGGAACAAGUGAUGAGGGAGAGAAAGGGACGAGUGAUGGUGGGGUGACAUCAAGUAGUGUGUCUUUAGAAGUUACUAUUGAGAGUAUGCCCUCUGGUAUGGACCAGAGUAAAGAGACAGUUAAGGCUGGAGAAAAACAAGAGGAGGUAAAGAUGCAUAUAGGCCCAUCUGUAGGAACUUCGCCAUCAGGUGUAGAGGACCUUUUCUGUCAAUCAAAUGCGGUCCCCAACUGUACCCAGGAACAGCCUGACAAGGUUGGUGUAAAGAAAGGAGCAGGUGACGGAACCAGGAAAAUGGCUGCAAAUUUGGGCCAAAAUAAAGUUGUUCCAGAAUUCAAACAGACGCCUGCGGUGAGCCCUGAGGCCUCAAAGCUAUUAGACAGCACUUCGGGCAUUAAUCUUGACAAAAAACACAUAUCGUCCUCCCCUGAUCCCAGCAGCAAAUGUAAAAUGGCUGCAACACUUCAUGCCCCUUCACACACAGCAUCCGCUGUUGCAUCAGCCUCACCGCUGAAGAGACCAGUCACACAAAGCGAGCAAAAGGAUGAGACUGACGGAAGUUGGUGUCAGACACAAAUACCUGAAGCGGUGGCAGAGAAGUCUGUGGUGGCGCCAGUCACUCCAGCAGUGGGGCCAGGUACAGGGGUGGAUGGAGGACUAGGAGUCAGGCUAAGGGGCGAUGCCAGUCCAGUAGAUAGGCAGGACAGGAAUGCCAGAAGAACAGAUAGAUACAGCGCUGAGUUUAGCAUACCAAGAGCAGGUGCUACACCGGGACAGGCUUGCUAUGCAGUUGGAAGCUCUGCUAGCUUGGGCCGUCAUGCCACACCAUACAAUCCAGAGGUUGGGGCUAUGGGGAUGGGGAUGGCUGGGAGCUAUGGGAGUCCAUACAGUUCCCUGUAUACAAGUGGAGGAGGUGUAGGGAGGUAUGGAACUGGGCUACAGCACAGUGGGGGGAGCAGCACUUCAAGCGAUUGGCAAAUGGACAGUGUGAUCGAGCAGAUAGAAAAGCAAAUGGCUGCUGUGCUGGAGAAGAUCGAGGGAGACAUGCCGUCGCUCCUAGAGCAAAUCAGUGACUGUCCUGCUGAGCAACCUCGAGCUCGGAGCACACACGCCUCUCCCGCCACCUCUCGUGCACGCCCCUCACAGCGGUCCACAUCUGCAACCACCGGCACCCCACCACCACUUCCUACCUCUCCCAGACCUGUGCUGCCAUCUCUUCCUCGCAUUAGCAUUCCUCCUCCUGCCUAUCCCCCACCAUCUCCACCCACAGAAGCCUCACCCCAGGCGCUGGGAGAGCAGGAAGACAGAGAUGUACAGGCGGCUCCUGCUCAUUCAAGCCAGUCACCAAGACCUGGGAUAGGCAGGGGACUAUGAGGCAGGUGUGCAUGAUGCAAUACACAAAGGCAAAAAUACCUGGAACACUGUAUUCAUAGUUAAACUUAAGGAUUUAAUGACUGUCUCACCCAGAAGGACUGCCUAAUUGUGCGCAAAAAGAGAAGUUAUUACACUGUUGUUUGGUUUGGCUGCAUAUUCAUACCAGAUGACCCUACGCCCUUCUGACAUUCCAAACACUUUCAUCACUGGAGUCUAGAGGGAUUGGAGUACAAUAUAUAUAUUUCUGUAUGACAGCUUCACAGAUCAAGAUCUUAAAAGUUUGUUAAGAUCUAAAGAAAGUAUGCUAAAUCCAGAUUGUGUGCCUAAAUGUUUACCACACAACGACCUCAUAUGGAAAUCCAAGCACUCAACAAAUUUCCAAGUUAUGAAGCUGCACAAAUAAGAAUGGCGAAAUUCUCAACUAACAGUGAAAGAAAAGAUCUAAAUAAAGUAUUAUACCCUAAAAACUGUAAAUAAACAAAAUCAAACUAGGUUCCUAAGUCAUAUUUUUCUUCCAUGGUGUGAACUUCCAAAGUGACAUUUACUUGUUUUUUUUGUUCAAAGCAGAUCGUCCCAUGAUUUAUUUUUGGGGGGUUACUAUGUAUUUAUGUGGCUAUUUAUUCUGUUGUGAUGCUUGGUGUCACAAAGUUGUACAGAAAUAUGUGAAACUGAUUUGAUAAAGCCAUUCCCCUGGUUGCAAGAAAUUAAAAUUUGUUUUAUUAAACAGUAUAUUUAAACUUAAACUGUCACUUAGACUUAUGAGUUGUUCCACAUCUGUCAGAGAGCUGGGGAAAAUAUACUGUAUAAAGGCUUUGCAAUAACACGGUAACACUUACAUUUUCUCUCCUUUUUCCCCCAAACAUUUCCAGAUAGUUUGUUUUCGUUUGCUCCAGUUUUGUCAGCACAUUCAUUUGGUACCGUUAACUGGACAAUCCUGCCUAUUUUAUCCUUUUCAUCAUAAAACUGUUCUGACUUUUGUUCUGCUAUUGGGUGUAUGUAAUACCAGAUUCUGUGCUUUUCUCCUGAACAAGUCUAGAUCUCCACUAUUCUGUCCCUAUGUAAAAUGUGCACUGUUUGCAAGUCUUUCAAUAAAAGUAAGCCAGUAAAUACAUGCAUA